UCCCAGUAGUCGAAAACGUCCAACUAUGCAUCUGAUGGCAUCCCUGCUUUCCCGCGGCGCCUCCCAAGCACCUUUGUGGUCUUCUUGCCCGAGGAGCAAAAUCACGGUGAUGGCCAUGGCUUCCACGGCCAAGGAUGGAGUUCCCGGAAAGGCCUUCAGUCCUCGCAAGGCGCCUCACAGAGACCGAGUCGCCCACUCAUUGCCACCUGAAAAGAGAGAGAUUUUUGAUUCGCUUAACAGUUGGGCAGAGGACAACAUUCUGGUGCUCUUGAAGCCGGUUGAAAGAUCCUGGCAGCCACAGGACUACCUGCCAGACCCUUCCUCGGAUAGAUUUUAUGAUGAAGUCAAGGAGCUGAGGGAGCGAGCCGAGGAGAUCCCCGAUGAAUACUUGGUAUGUCUGGUUGGAGACAUGGUCACUGAGGAAGCACUCCCUACCUAUCAGAAAAUGCUCAAUAUCCUUGAUGGUGGUGUCCGCGACGAGACUGGCAGCAGCCCAACCAGCUGGGCUGUCUGGACGAGGGCAUGGACGGCCGAGGAGAACCGACACGGCGAUCUCAUGAACAAGUAUAUUUAUCUCACUGGGAGAGCUGAUAUGAGGCAGGUGGAGAAGACCAUACAGUAUUUGGUUGGUGCUGGAAUGGAUCCAAAAACCGAGGCCAAUCCCUAUGAGUUUUUCAUUUACACGUCUUUCCAAGAGAGGGCAACCUUCAUAUCUCACGGCAACACUGCAAGGCACGCCAGGAAGUACGGGGACCAAAAGCUGGCCCAGAUAUGUGGCACCAUCGCGGCCGACGAAAGGCGCCAUGAGCUUGCCUAUACCAAGAUAGUGGAGAAGCUCUUCGAGGUCGAUCCCGACUACACGGUCCUGGCCUUCGCCAGCAUUAUGAAGAAGAUCACGAUGCCCGCCCACCUGAUGUAUGAUGGGCAGGAGGACAACCUGUUUGAGCACUUCAGCGCGGUGGCACAGCGGCUUGGCGUCUACACCGCCAUGGACUAUGCCGACAUCCUCGAGUUCCUGGUCCAGAGGUGGAACGUCGCCGGCCUCACUGGGUUGUCCGGGGAAGGGCGGCGCGCUCAGGAUUACCUCUGUUCCCUAGGACCAAGGUUUAGGAAGCUGGUGGAGCGAGCUCAGGGGAGCGGGAAGCAGUUGCCGGUUGUUCCUUUCAGCUGGAUCUAUGGCCGGCAAGUGCAGCUUUGAGUAAGAUUUCAAGACACGAGUGUAUAUUAUAUCUAUUCUCUUUCUUUCUACUUCUCUUCAAAAUCUGUAAUAAUUGUUGAGUAAUGUAAAGUUGUAAACACAUCUA